GCAAAAGAAAUUCCUAGUAUGUGCUUUGACAUAUUGAGUGGUCUUGCCAACUGCAAAAACCCUUUCCCUGUUAAAACAUGGAGAGAGUAUGUCCAGUAUGUCAAGGAUGAAAUUAUUCCAGAUAUAUGUGAAAAUGAAAGUGGGUUGCAGAAAGCUACUGAGUAUCUGCAAAACAUAGGAGAAAUUUGUAUUUUGAAAGUACCUCAGAUUCAAGCUGCUGCAUCUGAAGACCCUGCUUCCCCAUCAGUUGAACUGGAUGACUUAAGACAAUCUCGCAUUGUUCUCAGGCCACAAUGGCUAUGCAGGAAUAUAUUUGGGCGACUUCUGGCACCAGACUGCUUCUCACACCGGCUGGUAAGUGUAGAUCCUAGAAAAGACACAUACUCAAAGGAGACGAUGCACAAGGCAUUCAGUGGUGUUCUUAAUGACGUGGAGAAACUUAUCCAGCUGCUUGUAAUCCUAGAGUUGUGCUACGAAAUAGAAGGGGAAGUGUUAAUUCCUU